CGUGUGGUCCCGGGCGGUCCCCUCCCCGGCGUCCCCCUGCUCAGCCUUGCUCCCACUCGGGCGUCCACUUCCCGGUGCCUCGCCCGCUGCCCCGGCCUCCGCCCUGCAGCCUUGGGCCUCCCGCCUGCGAGCCUGGCUCCCAUGGCGCUGCAGGCGCUGCGGAGCUCGGGGGUGGCCUUCCGAAAGAUCCUGUCUCACUUCCCCGACGAGCUGAGCCUGGCUUUUGCCUACGGCUCCGGGGUGUUCCGCCAGGCGGGGCCCAAUUCAGACCAGAAGAACGCCAUGCUGGACUUUGUGUUUACAGUGGAUGACCCUGUGGCGUGGCAUUCGAAGAACCUGAAGAAAAACAGGAGCCACUACUCCUUCCUGAAGGUGCUGGGGCCCCGGAUCAUCUCCUCGAUCCAGACUAACUACGGAGCUGGGGUUUACUACAACCCCCUCAUCACGUGUGACGGUAGGCUUAUCAAAUACGGCGUUAUCAGCACAAGCGUCCUGGUCGAGGACCUCCUCAACUGGAAUAACUUGUACGUCGCUGGACGGCUCCAGAAACCUGUGAAAAUCGUGGCGAUGAGCGAGAACGUCAUCCUCAGAUCAGCCCUCGAUAAAAACCUGCGGAGUGCGGCGACGGCGGCCUUCCUCAUGCUGCCCGAAAGCUUUUCCGAAGAAGACCUCUUCGUCGAGAUCGCCGGGCUCUCCUACUCAGGUGACUUUCGGAUGGUGAUUGGAGAGGAAAAGUCAAAAGUGUUGAAUAUUGUGAAGCCCAACAUAGCCCACUUCCGGGAGCUGUACAGCAGCAUUCUGCAGGAGAGUCCCCAAGUGGUGUAUAAAAGCCAGCAAGGCAGACUGGAGAUAGAUAAAAGCCCCGAAGGACAGUUCACCCAGCUCAUGGCAUUGCCCAAGACCUUACAGCAGCAGAUAAAUCGUAUCAUGGACCCGCCUGGCAAAAACAGGGACGUGGAAGAAACGCUGCUGCAAGUCGCCCACGACCCCGACUGCGGCGACGUCGUUCGGCUGGGCCUCUCAGCCAUCGUGAGAGCUUCCAGUGUAAGACAGAGCGCCAAAGGCAUCUUCACUGCCGGCGUGAAGAAGUCGCUGGUUUACGGUUCACUGAAGCUGCACAAGAUGUGGAAAGGAUGGCUGAGGAAAGCGUCCUGACUCCGCCGGCUUCCGCGGCGCGCACAGAUGAAUAAAGCGCGGCGUUUGUUACUCUGA